AGAUCCACACAAGCAAGCCGGCAAUAAAAGAAUAGCUCUCUUAGAAAACUUCUAAAUUUAUCUCCUUCACAACACCUUCUUCGCUCAAAACCCAAAAAAAACCCACAAUCUCUAUGUUUUUUAUUUGUCUCUUCUCUCUCACACACCCAACUCUUCAAUCCUCAUCCUCUCUCUAUAUAUUAAAUUUUCUCCUUCUCCAAACACCCUAAUAAUCCUUAUUCCAUAGUUUUCAACAAGUACUUCGAAAGCUCAUAGUUUUCACUUUUCACCUAUAGUACUUGUUCAUAUUCUUCAAGUAUACUACUCCUUAUAAUAUUGUUCAACAUGGAAUCCAAUUACCACCAUGAAGAGGAUUCAUCAAAAAGCUCAAGCGAAGAUACCGAUCGAUCAGAACAAAACGAAGAAAAUCAUGAGCAUACCGGGUCUGGCCGGUCCUACGAGUGUGUGUUUUGCAAGCGAGGGUUUACUACAGCACAAGCCUUGGGAGGACACAUGAAUAUUCAUAGGAAAGAUAGAGCCAAGACCAGGCCUUAUACACCUGCUGCGGUUUCAACUCAUCAAUCAGCAGAUGAUCAUCAUCAUCGUCAUCACCAUAAUUAUGCAAAUAUCUCACCCUACCGUUCAAUCCAAGGCUAUCCACCACAUGAUUAUUAUUCUUCUUCAAGUGGUAUUCAUGUGAAUUAUCAAACAUAUAUUCCUGCUUCCACCUGGGGUUUGAGACCCCCACCUGCAGUACUAGUACCUGGCCAUGACUUUUGUCCUCGAAAUUCGCUGCUUCCGGAUCUGUCAAGAGAGGAUUAUUGGAGAGGAAUCCGGACAUCUCGAGGAGAAGAUGAUCACAAUACAGAGAAAAUAAAUGGUGGAUGCAGCAUAGACUUGGAAUUAGAUUUGGAGCUUCGACUUGGCCAUGAUCCAUAGUAAUUAUUAUUGUUAUUGUUAUUGUUAUUAUUAUUAUUAUUUUUUUGAAUGUACUAUAAGAGCUUGCGUGAAGUAAUAUUUGAACUGUUUUUGUACAGUUUAUAAAUAUUCUUUACAUUUUAAUUCCUAGAUGUUAAAAUUUCCUUUGUGGAAAAUUAUAAGGUUCCAGAGAGAGAGAGAGAAGUUAUUAACGAUAUCCCUCUCGUCUGUAUAUUAAUUAGAAUGUGUGGUGUGCGCUUUUGAAGCCGAUUUUCAUGAGCAAUUCUCCUAAAGAUUUGAAGAAAUAGAAGCAGCAGCGAAGAAGGCAAGGCUUUUAUGGAGUAAUUAGUUGAAAAUCGUCCAUGUUUUAUAUAUUUUUAAGGUAGGUACUUUGUCUGCCUCCAUUUGAUCUGAUCCUGUCUGCUUAUUUUGAUAUCUUGUUUUAGGGUUUCUAAAAGAUAUUUCUGAUUUCAUAUGUAUGUCAACUGUAGCUCUUCCAUAUUCUCUUUUCAUUUUCCUUUUUCCUGAGGCUAAAACUAAAUAAA